AUGGCUGAUGCUCGAGCACGACCACCAAACCCCGCAAUUGGCGGAGUAGGAACCUCGGGUGCUCACAAUAUGGUCUCAGGGUCGAGAUCGAUUGCCUUGGAUUCCGGUGAAAUUGCCCGAAUUAUUCAAGAAGGAAUUACAGCUGGCCUGCAACGGAAUGCUCGGGGGCCAACAGGUUUCACCCCUAACACUCCAUUCACGCUGGAGAUACUGUCAUAUUCCUUGUCCGAUAGAUUCAAUUAUCCUCACAUUAAAGAGUAUGAUAGGACGACCAACCCCAUCAACCAUCUCAAUUUAUACAUUGAUGUCAUGAACUUGCAAGUUGCGCCAGAUCAGUUCUCGACACUGGAGCCCAACUCUAUAGCCUCAUUCUCAGAUUUGGCUGAUAAGUUCUCGGCCUUCUUUGCAAGUAGCAAGCAAAUCAGGAAGACCGCGGCCUCUCUCAUGCAACUUCGACAGGGACCAACUGAGACCCUUCAAGGACUCAUGACAAAGUUUAACAAGGAAAGGCUUCAAAUACCCGACCUUCACAUCACAGUAGUUGUCUCCGCCCUCAGCUACGCCGUAAGAUGUGAAGCUUUCAAGAUGUCUUUAUCAAAGACCCUGCCGCAGACAAUGACUGAGCUCCUCACCCGAGUUGAAAAAUAUAUUAAUAUGGAGGAAACACUAAAUCCAAGAAGACCUGGUCUUUCCCAUGAGAAGACCGAGAACAAGAGGCAACAUGAUCCCGUCCCCCGGCAUGAGCUUCCCCGGGAUAAGCGCAAGAAUGAGAUGAUGUCAGCACCUCUCACUUGGUUGAACACCUCUAAGACAAACAUCUUGAUGGAGGUUAAGGAUAUGAAAAAAUUAAAGUGGCCUUCAAGGAUGAAGUCACCCCCUGACACAAGAGAUUGGAAGAAGUAUUGCGAAUUUCACAGGGAUCAUGGGCAUACUACAGAGGAUUGUCAUGCUUUACAGCGAGAAAUUGAAGCUCUUAUCAAAAGAGGAUUUUUUAAAAAUUACAUUGGUCAUGAUAAACGGCCAAGGAAUGACCGUGACAAUCGGAAAGAGCAUGGGGCCGAAAGCAGUGCUCAACCUACUGCCGGAACCAUUAAUAUUAUCGUUGGGGACAUAGCAUCCAGCGGAGACACAAGUAGUGGGCGAAAGCAAUAUACCCGCCAACAUGCUCAUACCCCAAGAGAAUCCAGUGAUGAAGUUAAAGACAUCACUUUUGGUGCAAGAGAUUUGGAAGGAAUAUCAUAUCAUCGUGACAAUGCCUUGGUCGUCUCUGCGGUUGUGGCUAACUUCGAAGUAAAGAGGAUUCUGCUUGAUAAUGGGAGUGCAGCAAAUAUACUCUCGUAG